AUGACAUCAAAAAUAAAGAAGGAAGCUUCUUCCCUCCCAAAGAAAGAUGAAGCCAAAGUAGAAGAUUUGCAGGUCAAGGAAUCAGUGUGGAAAGAUGGCCAUAUCCAUCAAAGAAAGAAUUGUACCUUCUCCUCCUUUUUAUGGCCUAAGAUUCUGACUCUGAGGGCAACCCAGACAGCCUCAGAGAACGCCCCCAGGAGAAAAACUCUUGACAUCAUCAAGUUCCCUGUGACCGCUAUGUCAGCCGUGAAGGAGAGAGAAGAUAAGGAAACACCUGUGUUCAUUGUGAAUGUCAAGGCCAAUAAGCCCCAGAUUAAACAGGAAGCACUGUGA